AUGGCCAACAACAAUCUCUCGACCGAGAAGCCCGAAAUUGUUCUCGUGGACGACAACCGUGACGUGUCGGAUGACGUGCCCGAAAAGGCACCUCAUGCUCGGGUCAUUGAUUCGUUCCACGUCUUGGGUCUGACUGACGACGAUGUUCAUUUCUACGAGAACUACACACCGGAACAGAGAAAGCGAACAAUGCGGAAAGUCGACGUACGCUUGACUCCCAUGCUUGCGGUGUUGUACCUCAUCUCCCACCUCGACCGCUCCAAUAUUGGAAACACCAAGAUUGAGGGCAUAGACGUCGAUCUCGGAAUUAGCGGUAUUCAGUGGAACAUUGUCCUGUCCCUCUUCUUCGUCCCUUACAUCCUCCUCGAAGUACCCUCAAACGUUCUACUCAAGCGAUUCAAGCGUCCAUCUCUGUACAUGGGCAUAUUGGUCACAACCUGGGGCGUUAUUAUGACCCUCCACGGAGUCGUCCAGAAUUUUGGCGGCCUCCUCGCUCUGCGCAUGCUUCUCGGCGUUUUCGAAGCCGGUUUCUUUCCCGGCGCCGUCUAUCUUUGCACUUUCUGGUACAUGCCACGAGAUCUGGCUUCGCGCAUUUCAUGGUUCUACUGCAUGAGCGCACUGUCUGGUGCCUUUUCGGGGUUGCUGGCCGCAGGUAUUGCGAAGAUGGAUGGCAUCGGCGGCUACGAGGGCUGGCGCUGGAUCUUCCUCAUUGAGGGUAUCAUUACCGUGGCACUGGGCAUCAUGACGUUCUUCUGCCUGGUAGACACGCCCGCUCUCAGUGGGAGAUGGCUUGACCCUGAGGAGAUUCGAUUCCUCGAGCUCCAGCACUUCAUCAAGCAGGGAGGACGAUUCCAAGAUGAGGCCAAAGAGGACAAGUACAUAUGGCAAGAUCUCAAGGCUUGCGUCCUCAAUUGGAGACUAUGGCUGGUGGCCUACAUCCAGUUCUGCCAAUCGGCCAUGAGCUACGGUACGUUUGGUCUCGUUCUAAACUGCAUCAGACUCGACGACAUCAAAGCUCCGUGA